AUGUUGCGCCGCCUGGCAGACACCUGGCGCCUAACUGCGGCGCAGGCCAAGGCCAUUGGGCGGCCCGAGGCUGAAGGCAAGAUCCGGAUCUGCAUCGGCGACUUCCGGCCCAACGUGAUCGCGCCGCCCGCCGCGGCGGCGGAGGGCGAGCAUCCCCACACGGACGGCCCGCUGCGGCUGCAGGUGGAGCUGUUCCGGGCGGUCGCGCCGUCGCUGUUCUGGCUGGGCGACGCCCGCACCUCCUGGUUCUUCGACUGCGUAGG